CGGGCCCAUAGCAUCUCAUUGUCAACAAUCAUCAAAAUGACAUCUCAAGAUUCCUUUCCACUCCCAGACCCCCGACUCAACAACAAAAUCGCGCAUUACGACCGCAAUGAAGUUAUUGCCAAUCUGCACUCCUUCUAUAAUUUCCUCCCCCACAUCUCGGCCUCACAGAUCGCCACGGCGCCCCCAGACGGCUGGCCCGAAAUCACAGCCUCAAGCCUGGCAGUUCAUGGCAUCUACAAAACUCCCGAAGCCCUUGAACUUCUUCGCUACUUGCCGUACAUCUCCUGCGACCAGCCUUGGAUCAUGAUCACUGCAAUGGUGUGCGACUACAGACGCGUGACUCUAUCACCAACGGCACGUGAGAAGCCGCUUUGGAUGUACCAGGUAGCGGAGAAACAGUGGCCUGCGUGGGUGGUUCAGUUAACAUCGGGGACGGAUCGUGAGGACCAUCGUUACAUGCUGGACACGACCGACGGAACCAUCACGAUGCACUGUACUGGUGGCCACUUCGAGUACCCUCCGACGUAUGAACCAGAUGAUCCACGCGGUUGGCGCGAUCGCGAGUGCUAUCCGGAGACUGUCACUUUGAAAGACUGGCUGGAGAAAUGGAGGGAAGAGUACCGCCAGACGACCGUCCUGGCAGUUCCGGAGGAUUCUAUCUACGACGGGUAUGGUUCAUGGGACCUUUUUUUUGGUGGUCUGGAAGAUAAGCCUGGCUCUUAUAAUUUUGAGGAAAUGGACGGGUUACGCAAAAUUUAUCGUGAGUACGGAUGGCCCGACAGGGAGAAAUAUCGAAAACAGGCCUGUAUUCAAGCUAUUCAGCAUUGGUAUCGGAGUUUCAUGGAAGGCAAACGUAAAGAGAGGAGGAUUGAGUUGCUUGAAUUCUGGAAGCAGCGAGGAAUUGCUCCACCCGAAGAGUCGAAUACCCAAGAUACGGGGAAGUAAAGUUGUGGAUGAGUUCUGAGUCACAGAGGUCUUCUCUGCGGAGAUCGAAGUCACUCGGCUCGGUGAUCUUGCAUUGUCAUCAUCUCAGAAACUUUGUUGGCGAUGCUCAUUCAGGCCGUCGAUACAAAAAUACAGAAAUUGGGGACAGUCAAGUUGAGCAACCGAAUUAGAAUCCUCCAGGACUUCGAAUACUGAUCGACAUGAAUUUCUUUUUUACAUGAGCGCCUCGUUUGAGGAUAAUUUACACUAGAAUUUCCCCCUUCCUCUUGAAAACUUUGGAAACUUUUU